AUGGUGCCAGCAAAAGAUUAUGUCUGCUGCCUGUGGACCAGAGAGCAAUGGCAGAAGCUUGGCCAUAAGUGGGCCAGUGGGCUCUUGGAGGAGGGAGUUGAGCCAACAACCCCUAGCAGUGCUGGUGGUCCCCAGGGACGGGCCAUGAGGCUGGUCUUGGACCUCUGGUCCUUGGUGCUGGGUCUGCUCACACUUGUGGCAGGUUUGGAUCCUACAAGACCUCCAGAAGAGAAUGCUACCAGUUUCAUGGAGCAUGUCACCCCUGAAGGGACCCAGUCCACGUGGGAUGGGGAUAUCCCUGCUAUUAACCAAGGUCUCAUUCCUGAAGAAUCCCCAGAGAGCAGCUUCCUAGUCGAAGGUGACAUCAUCAAGGCAAGACCCUUCCAGCUGUUUUCUGCUGCCAAUUUCAAAUGGCCCAAGAAGAAUGGAAUUGUAGAGAUCCCAUAUAUUUUCUCCAGCAAAUAUGAUCAGCCCAGCCAGGAAGUCAUUCUGAAGGCUUUUGCUGACUUUGAGCACCUCACUUGUAUUAGGUUUGUUCCUCGGACAAAGCAGAAGGACUUUGUUUCCAUCAUUCCUAUGUCUGGGUGCUUCUCCAGUGUGGGACACAGUGGCGGGAUGCAAGUGACCUCUCUGGCCCCCUUCUGCCUCCAGAAAGGCAAAGGCAUUGUGCUCCACGAGCUCAUGCAUGUGCUGGGAUUCUGGCAUGAGCACUCCCGGGCUGAUCGAGACCGCUAUAUUCACGUGUCCUGGAAAGAGAUCCGGCCAGGCUUUGAAAUCAACUUCAUCAAAUCUCAGAACACCAACAUGCUGGUGCCUUAUGACUACACGUCAGUGAUGCACUAUGGGAGAUAUGCUUUUAGCAAGAACGGUAACACCACCAUUGUGCCACUGGCUGGACCGGACAUCCCCAUUGGUCAGCGAUGGAACCUAAGCACUUCAGACAUCAUUCGGGUCAAUAGACUUUAUGAAUGCAGCCAGACCAUGAAAGAUCCAGGGUUCCACAGUGAGAAUAAUUGGAGUCACCAAAACAUGGGGGUUAUGGACUUCAUUGUCCCAGAUGAAAUGAAGCUAUCUCCUACUGAAUCCUCUUUGGAGACAGACUCAUCCCUGAAAGCGGUGAGCCACCCAGAGGCAGGAAAUAGGGUGUCUCCUGGUGGUUCUGACUCUGCCUACAGUGGCUUUCCUGGGGCGAAAAAGGUGGUAAAAAAUAUUUGGCCCACUUGGAUUACCUCAGAAUCUUCUCCUGAAGCUGCCCCGCUGCCAGAUUUAGUCUCCCCCUCUAAAGAAGUCCCUCAGGAGUCCAUGAAGAAUAUAUCUAUUAGCUUAAAUAACACAGAAACAACUCAGCUUCUGAAUGAACCAGUAUCAGGCACUUCUGUCCAUCUCCUCAAAAUUCUUCCCAGAGGGACAAUGGCCAGUUUUCCAGAAUCCAAGCAUCUGCCUGAGAUACAUAACAGUAUCCUAGAGGAAAUGGGAGAGGCUGGUGGGCUGUCAAGCACCCCGGUACCUGGCAGGGGGGCCUGGCCUGAAGGCACAGUUCUCUUGCCUUCUGGGAAUGCCUCCUUCUCCCUGGAAUUCCAGAGCCCCAGCCCAGAUUGGAAAGCUAGACUCAGGAACAUUGUAGCAGACAUUCACGCCUCUCACCCCAGGUUUGGCAGCAUCCCGGGGCAACCUCAUGGAUGCCAACUGUGUGGCCAGAAGGAAAUAGACUGGGCUUCUACUGCUGUAGAUGUAGCCCUGCCAAGUGGAGAGGAAGGGUUGCUUUGGCGCCUGCUGAAGGCCUUAACCAUGGUAUCAGCCUCUAGGAAUUUGCCAACCAUCAGAGCACGGGGUCCAGGGACUAGGAAUCAAGUCUUUGCUGCAGAACUGAAUGGAAAUAAUGCUCCAUCUAAGACUAUGGGCACGGUAUUCCCUGCCCAUGGGACACACAACCAAGAGGCCCCUGAAGAGCUAGCCCAGACCCUGGGAGGAAGGAAGGAGGAAGGAAGAACAGAAGCAGAUUCCAAAAAGAGAGAAAAACUUCUAAAACUGUUAGCCUUUGGAGAUGCAACCAGUGUUCCAUAUGUACCGGCCAGGCAUAAGCCCUCCCCAAGCAUUGGCCAGAGUAGUACCUGGCCCAGAUGGAGAUCUAGACCUAGAAACCAGCUGAGCCAAGAGAAAGCUAUUCUACAACAGCCCAGGAGGGACAACUCCUCCGGGGGUCAUGUGGCAACAGAUCUCUCUGGGGUGUUCUCUCCAUUCAACAGGUCCAACCUAGGUUGGGCAUUAAGCAGGUCUCUGUCUCCAAGAGGAGGAAUUCCUGCUCUGAGGAGGGUCCCUUGGGCAGGAUCAGGAAACCCAGUAACUGGAAACUUGGGAGUAGCCGGUAACUUUAGAGAGGAAUUUGGAAGUGCCCCUUACGCUCUCCCAGUGGAAAAGGCUCCAUUUAUUUCUCCAGAAAAGAAGCUUCCUUCUCUAGAGAAUCAGGCCACCGAAGGUGAAUGGGGGCUUCUAUUCGCCCCGCCAAGGACCAUCAGUCAGACUCCUAGCCCCAUGGCUCCUUCCCUGUUAUUAAAGCCUCAGACUAAUAAGAUUCUAGCUCAGAUAAAGUCAUCUCUGCUGGCUGCCAGCACCCAGACCUCUUACCUGACCCAUCCGAUGGAAGAUAUGACAAGUAACCAUUUUAUUUUUCCUGUUUCUUCAAGAAAAAAACAAUACCUGGGAACAGAGACUCCAGAUGAGACUUUUCAGAGGUCUGUAGGAGCUCACUCUGAGGUCAAGACCACCACAGUGGAUGGAAAGGAAGUGAGACAAGCUGCUUCUCCUUCCACUGUGGGGUCAGCAUUUCCUGAAAGGGAAGUGGCCAGCCCUGCUGUCUCUAUAAAUUCAAUCUGGUCCCUGGAGGAUUCUGGGAACCAAAAGCCACAUCCUCCUGGAAGAAUCAAACAGGGGGGCCUGAGAGUAGCUGGAAAGAAAUGGAUUUCUUCCUUUGCCCCUCUCAGGAGAUGUCCCUCUGGAGGGAUCCAGCUUUUCCUAGGGGGAUUGAUGAUUCCCCUGCUUCCUGUGGAACCUGAGAGAAUCCCAAGGGAAUAUAAAUCCAAGGGAACUUUGACUCUCCUGGCUCUAGGGGUGGAGAGAAAGGUACCAUCCUUUCUUUCCUGGAUCUCCAACUCCAGCAAUGUCACACUGGGGCAUCUCAUGUCUCCUCCCCAAUUUCUAGAGGAUCCUCAGAGCCAAACUUUUUUCCUUGCUGAGGCCAAAUCAGAAAUCCCCAGGCACCAGAGGGUUCUUGAUCCCAAGUUUGCUGAGGCAGGAAUUGUGCUUUUAAAAAGCCCAUCUGGCCUCUUGAGUCUGGUGCCCCUUUGGGAGUGCUGGAGCCUCAGCAAAGUCAGAGAAUCAGCCUAUUUUCCAGAACCAGAAGCCCUGGAAAGGAAAUAUCGCUCUGCCUUAGUUGAGAAUCCCUCCUCAGCUAUGGAAGCCAUGGACCUGCCCUCACAGGCCCUUAAGACUCAAACCCCUUUCCUGGACCUAUUACAUGAAGACAAAGGGAAGGGCCAAUUUGGAAUUAGGUCUGUUCCUUUGAUUCAGACAAAGGCAGGAAUGGCCCAUUCAGUGAAGGAUGAAGUAACACAGAUCCUGGAGGAGGAAAAUAGAACCUCAAAGGGCCUGGGAGGCAGAGACCCUAAACUCUCUCCCUUGAGGCUGGGCUUUCAUGGUGAUAUUCUGCCCUCGAGUAAGCCUUCCUGGAGGCCUAAUACCUUCCAGGGGAUAUCUGAUGUCAAGAGUCUGCUAGGUCUGGAGACUCAAACCAGUAAAUGGGCCAGAGGGACACUUUCUCUCUUGGCUACCUCAAGAAGGGGGACAGAGUCAGUGAGAGGUACUUGGACAACAACCCUCCAUGGUGAGCCCAAGUUGAAUGAAGAGCUCCCACAGGGCAGAUUCAAAAUUCAAGCUGGCCCCAGAUUGCCCUCGCUUUCCCUGCCUGAGCCUGUGAUGGAGCCCCAGGUUACUGACAUCCCUUUUCUGUGGGAACCUCACACCAAGAAGGGCAGAGGAGAGAGAAAGCCACAUUCCCUAAGCCCUUCGAAGGCUGGACAUGGCAACAUGCCUUUGACAGACUACAACUCUGGGGAGCCAUUUAGUGAGAACAUACUCCACCACCAUAUGGCUUGGGUGGGGAGGCAGGGGGUCCAAGGUAGGUCUUCUGCUGCUGAAGAACAUAGCAGCCAGUUCCUCUCACAUGGAAGUCUCCCAACUGUAGGGAGGGAAGCUGUGUCCAAGUCCCUCACCACUCUUCGAGGGGAGAGAGAGGCUGAGGAAGUCACAAAUAGGGUAGGGAAAAGUAGGAACCUGGCUGUGUCCUCUGCUGUCAAUUCUGAAAAAACCAAGUCUGCCUUAAGCUGGUUUCAUUUUGUCAACCUAUCCUUUCCUCUGGAAAGGCUGGAUCAGAGUCUAACGUCUAGAAAGACUUGGUCAAGAGUCCCUGGUUCCCAAGGAGAGAAAGGGGAACUGGCUUCUUUUCCCUCAGUGGGUAUCACUUCAUCUUUAGGCAUAACUUCCAAAUUUAACACAAAGUCUUUUCCCCCUUCUUCUCCCCCUUUCUUCUCCUUUCUCCCUCUUUCCCAGCACCUGGCCUUCACUAAGAUUGCUAAAUUGUCCACAGCUGCUUCAGUAGGAAGACAAGCAACCACCCAAGGGAGCAAACAGGACUUUCCCUUCCAGAAAAGUGACUUGGUUCAGGGUCUAGGAAAAGCUAACAUUGAUAAACCUCAGACCCCUCAGCAGCUCUGGUCCUGUGACCAGGCAGAGCAGGGAAGGGGCUGUGCCCAGAAACAAGGAGGCCCUGAUUCUGGGGAGCCAUCGGGGAACUUCAGCCCUCAGGGUCCAGUACUGGGCUCCUUACCCCUUGCAGGCUGGUCAGAGCCUGGUUCUUUGGUGAAACUUAGAGCCCAAAGGCAAAACUAUGAGCUGCAGGUUCCAGCUGGGCAUUCUUGGCUCUGUCUUGAUGGAGACUGCUUGAAGGUCAUUUUGCAAGACUUAGUGUCUUCCCAAGACCUUGGGACCACUAGUGUGGAAAGCCUACUGGCUAGAGUCCUUUCCUUUAGGCUAAAGCCUCUCCAGAUGGGAGUGGCAGGCACUGUCCCCACCAAAGAGGAACAGAUGGGACUUGGGUCUCUGCAGCUGCCACCCCAUGCAGAAUCCUUUCAUCCAGAUGGGUCCACACAGUCCCCAAUCAUGGGGCCUCAUGCUAUGGAUAAACUGUCCUGGACACCCGCCCCUCCCCAGAACAGGAUAGACUCUUGGCUCUCUGACUGGUUCUGUGACUUUGAGACAGACUUGUGUGGGUGGCAGCAGAAUGGGACUGGGGCUGACUGGGUGCUUGCUCAAGACCAGAACAGUUACUCCUGGAGUGGCAGCCUCCCUUUGGACAGUCCUUGUCAUUUUCCUGGAGGAAACCAUCUGUCUCUGCAGAACCAAGCUUCUUCACAAAUAAUCCCCAAAGCGGUUCUGAUUAGCCCAGUGUUGUAUGGAGCCAGAUGGAUUCGGUUUUGGUACAGUCCCCUGCAGCCUGGCAUGGGAACCAUUAGUGUCUAUGUCUACUCUCGGGCUCAAUUUGGGUGGCAUCUACUCUGGUCCAGUGUGGGGCAUAGAAACGCAUCCUGGAGCUGGGUGGAACUGAAGCUUUGGCCAUCACGGAAGAUACAGGUGAUGGUAGAGGGAGUUCAAGGCCCAGAAGAUGGUGCUCAUGUGAGCAUUGAUAACCUUUCUGUCUCUAGCCACCAAUGGCCAAAGGGGGAAACCAAGCUUCUUUGCCAUUCUUUUCAAGAUUCCCUAAAUAAAACUUGAAUUAAUAAAGAAGUUUUGAGC